AAAGGGGAGGAGGGGAAGCAGCAGUUUGACACCCUCUCGUUUGGAGAUGGGGAGCUCAAACACCGGAGCGAAGGAUAAUGCAGCUUCAGACGGCGAUGAGAGCAACGGGGAUCCUUCCGCUUCAGAUACCGGCGUUUUUUCCGAAGGGGAGAAGGUCCUUGCUUAUCACGGCCCUCGACUCUACGAAGCCAAGAUUCUAAAGGUUGAGUUUCGGAAGAAGGAAUGGAAAUACUAUGUUCAUUACCUUGGUUGGAGCAAAAAUUGGGAUGAAUGGGUAGCUGUGGAUCGUUUAAUGAAAUUUACUGAGGAGAAUAUCCGGAAGCAGCGGGAUCUUGAAAAACAACUGAGUGCAGAUAAGAGUCUUAAGUUAGGGCGUUCAACACAGAUCAAGCCAAAGGGCUCUACAGAUGCAAAAGUGGAUAAAGAAGACCUUAGGAACUAUGUGGCAAGAGGGAAGAAGAGAAAGAGUGAUUCUGGCGUUGAGGAGAAGGAUACUGAAUCAAUGGAGAAGUUGGUGAAGAUCCAAAUUCCAUCAACUCUAAAGAAGCAACUAAUUGAUGAUUGGGAAUUUGUCACUCAACUGGGUAAGGUUGUUAAACUUCCGCGUUCCCCAUGUGUUGAUGAUAUAUUGAAGAAGUAUCUUGAUUACAAGUCAAAGAAGGAUGGCAUGGUAGCUGACUCUAUUGGAGAGAUUUUGAAGGGUUUACGUUGUUACUUUGACAAAGCAUUGCCAGUAAUGCUCUUGUACAAAAAAGAGCGUCAACAAUAUCGUGAAGCAAUUGCAGAUAAUGUUUCUCCUUCAACUGUAUAUGGUGCUGAGCACUUAUUACGCCUAUUUGUUAAGUUACCUGAGUUACUAGACUAUGUGAACAUUGAAGAAGAAACACUGACACGCCUGCAGCAGAAGUUGCUCGAGUUUUUGAAGUUCAUGCAAAAGAAUCAGACCAGCUUCUUCCUUUCUACUUAUGACAGCUCCAAAGGUUCUGAAGGAAGUGCUGGGGAACAAGAUUAAGCUGCAAGAUGGUGCGAUCAACCCUUUGCCACAGUUUCAUUGGGUAUGUCACAUGUUUCUGUUUGUUCUUAAAGCUUCUGGAGGUUGGCGCAUCUGCUGUUGUAGAUUCACUGUACGAAUUGUAAUUUUACAGUGACAAAAGAUACUUGGCGGAGCAGCCGAGGUUCACUCAUGUAAUUGCGGACUUGUCAUGUUUAUGCUGCA